GUCACAUGUGUAACAUUACUCAUACGUUGGCGGCUAGCCAUAUAGUGGAAAAACAAUAAAUUUAGUUAUUAUAUAGUCAUGCUCAUGAGCCAUAUGACCAUAUUAUAAAAUGAUUUAUAUAUUUUCAUAUAUAAAAAAAAAUUAACGUAACUAAUUAGCUACACAAACAACCAUUAUACCACCACCCUUGUGCUACCUCUGAAUUUUUCUCUCCACAAAUCUCCAUUUUUGUAUUUUUUCUCUCUCUCUUCAUUAUCAUCAUCUUCUUCUUCUUCCCUCUCUCUCAUCAAUGAAGCACAUUCAAACCAACAACGAUCAUCAUCACUUUCCCUAUGGAAUCAUCAAAAACUACAAGUUCAACACCAAAAAACUGGUUCUCUUAUCUUUUGUCUUCCUAGUUAUCCUCACCAUCGUCCCUGUCUACCACCCUUCCGUUAACUACUCGUCGUUUUUCUUUAGUUCUAGAAAUGAUGAUAUGUCGUCGUCGCCGUCGUUGUCUCCGUCGUCGUCCGGUGGUGGCGACGAUGAGUCGUCGUCGGAGAGAAAUGUUGAUAUUAGAAUACAGUCGUCGUCGACGCACAAGUGCGACAUAUUUUCCGGGGAAUGGGUUCCGAACCCGGAGGCGCCGUACUACACGAACGAGACGUGUUGGGCCAUACACGAGCACCAGAACUGCAUGAAAUACGGGCGACCCGACUCCGAAUUCAUGAAGUGGAAGUGGAAACCCGACGGGUGUGACUUGCCCGUUUUCAACCCGGCUCAGUUCUUGGAAUUGGUCAGAGAUAAAACCUUGGCUUUUGUGGGUGACUCUGUGGCUAGAAACCAAAUGCAAUCUCUCAUAUGCCUACUUUCAAGGGUUGAAUAUCCAAUUGACGAGUCAUACACCAAAGAUGAACAAUUCAAAAGAUGGAAGUACACAACGUACAACUUCACCCUAGCCACAUUCUGGACCCCACAUUUGGUAAAAGGCCGAGAAUCAGACCCAAACGGCCCAACGAAAACGGGCCUGUUCAGUCUCUACUUGGACGAGUUCGACGAGGAAUGGACGACCAAAGUGGAGGAAUUCGACUACAUCAUACUCUCAGGGGGGCAUUGGUUUUUCAGGCCGAUGGUCUUCUACGAGAACCAUAAGAUAGUCGGCUGCCACUACUGCCAGCUAGAAAAUGUGACCGAUUUGGGUAUGUACUAUGGCUAUAGGAAAGCCAUGAGGACAGCUUUGAAAGCCAUUAAUGGCUUAAAAAACUACAAGGGUGUUACUUACCUUAGGACUUUUGCACCGUCCCAUUUCGAGGGUGGGUUAUGGAACGAAGGAGGGAACUGUUUCAGAACGACGCCGUUUAGGAGUAACGAGACCCUUUUGGAGGGCCCAAAUAUGGAGUUUUAUAUGACCCAAGUGGAGGAGUUUAGGAAUGCUGAGAGGGACGGCAGGAGAAGAGGCUUGAAGUUUAGGUUGCUCGAUACUACUCAAGCCAUGUUGUUGAGGCCAGAUGGUCACCCUAGUAGAUUUGGUCAUUGGCCCAAUGAGAAUGUGACUUUGUAUAAUGAUUGCGUGCAUUGGUGUUUGCCUGGUCCCAUUGACACGUGGAAUGAUUUCUUGCUCGAGAUGAUCAAGACUGAACGGUUGAGAUCUGCCGAGGAGAGCCUUCAGUUUUCUGACAGAAAAUUGCUAGUGAGAUAGAUGUUUUUUUUUCUUUCUUUCUAUCUUUUUGUGUAUUUAUGAAAGUUUUUUUUCUUCUCAAUUAUUGUUUACUUUUUCUGAUUAUCACUUAAUAAGAUAUGUGAUUAAGGUUUGAGAUUGA